AUGGACGAGGAGAGCGGAGAGGUUAUACAUCACGAAUAUGGAACGAAUGCGCAACCCGCUUUUACAAAUAUGAUACACCUGAUGAAUCUACCUUCCGAUUACCUACCGCAGACAGGCAAACACAGGAAACCAAACCGCCUCAUCAUAGUGGGCGAUGUGCACGGAAUGAAAGAUGCGUUGGUGAGUUUACUCGACAAAGUAAACUUCGACGAGAAACACGACCAUUUGAUAUUAGCUGGCGAUAUGAUAUCCAAAGGACCCGAUUCUCCAGGUGUGGUUGAUCUUGCCAUGAAAAUCGGAGCUUCUGCCGUGAGGGGAAACCAUGAGGAUAGGAUUAUUCUCGCGCAUGCCGAUAUGAUAGCACAGCAUAAGGAGAUGGAGAUGGAUGCACCUGGCCCGAGUGAAGAUCCGGAGAAAGUGGUUGAUGGGCUGGAGGAGAUUAGUUUCAAUCAUGGGGAUUACAAGGAUCGAGCGUUGGUGAGGGCGCUGGGGGAAAAGAGAAUCAAAUGGUUGAAGAAAUGCCCUGUAAUUCUGCGAGUAGGGCAUUUGGAUGGAAUGGAGCAGGUGGUGGUUGUUCAUGCUGGGCUGGCUCCCGGGGUCGAAUUGGAAAAACAGGAUCCAUCUAUGGUGAUGAAUAUGCGGACUCUGAUUGACGGAGUACCUAGCGACGAAAGAGAUGGGAAACAUUGGAACAAGGUCUGGAAUAAGCAUCAGAAGAAACUACCAAAGAAAGAACGUACUACAGUCAUUUACGGUCACGACUCUAAGCGAGGUCUCCAAUUAGAGAAAUACAGCAUGGGUUUGGAUACGGGGUGUUUGAAAGGCGGCAAGCUUACGGCUGUAGUUAUUGAAGGAGGAAAUUUAUCUCCGAAACACAAAGUUGUGCAUGUUAAUUGUAAGGAUGGGAGAAAGAAUUAUUAG